UUUGGGGUGACAUAUGACCUAGAGUCAUUUUUUGUGAGCUGCACAAAUUCUUGCCAGAACACUUAACACUGCACCGAGUUUAACACUGCAAGCAGCUCCGUGUUUUCUGACAUGCGCAGUUGUUGUGCAGAGCAGCUCUUCAGCCCCUCCCCCUCCUGUCAGACUCUGUGGUCACAUGACUCACUUCCUGCAUAAACAAAGCUUGCCUGGGCUUCAUUCUGCCACUGUGUUGGACGGCAAGAAAUCCUUUUAAAAUGGCGCAAGCUGGGGUUUUCCUUGAGCACGACCAGUUCAACUGUUCCAUAUGCCUGGAUGUCUUAAAGGACCCUGUGACUAUUCCAUGUGGACACAGUUAUUGUAAAGGCUGCAUUAAAGGCUACUGGGACCAGGACGACUGUCUGGGGAUUUAUGGCUGUCCUCAGUGCAGGCAGAGCUUCACUCCCAGACCUGUGCUGGGCAGGAACACAAUGCUGGCAGAUGUGGUGGAGAAACUGAAGAAGACAGGGCUGCAUGCUGGACCGACAGCGUCUGAUCCGACCCAAGCCGAACCCGGGGAUGUGGAGUGUGAUGUUUGCUCUGGGAUGAAAAACAAAGCCUUUAAAUCCUGCCUGGUCUGUCUGGCGUCUUACUGCGAGACCCACCUUCAACCCCACUACGAGUCUCCUGCCUUUCAGAAACACAGGCUGGUCUCUCCUUCAAAGAAGAUACAAGAACAGCUCUGCUCUCACCAUGAGAAACUCCUGGAGGUGUUUUGCCGCACAGAUCAGCAGUGUAUUUGUUAUCUUUGUUUAACGGACGAACACAAAGGACAUGACACUGCUCUAGCUACAACAGUAAUGAAUGAGAAAAAGAAUGCUCUGGUGGAGAUGCAGAGGAUUUCCCAGCAGAGGAUUCAGGAGAAAGAGAAGGAGCUGGCCGACCUGAGAGAGGCUACACAGAUGCUCACUCUCUCCGCACAGACGGCCCUCGAGGAGAGCGAGCGCAUCUUCACAGAGCUGGUGUGCUCCAUUGAGCGCCGGCGCGCUGAAGUGACGGAGCUGAUCCGGGGUCAGGAGAGGGCGGCAGUGAGCCAAGCUGAAGCACUCCUUCAACAACUGGAGCAGGAGAUAACAGAGCUGAAGAAAAGACACGCUGAAUUAGGAGAGCUCUCGCAGACCGAGGACCAUAUCGCCUUCCUUCAGAACUGCAGGUCUCUGUGUGCUCAGCCUGUGGCUGUUGACUUGCCAAACAUUACCUCUGACCCAAACUUUGGGAGCAUGAUGACGGCACUAACAGAGUUCCAGGCUCUCCUCGAGGACGUCUGCCAGGGAGCAUUGGUCAAUAUCUCAGAGAAAGUGAAUGACGUUACUAUUAUUCAGAGCACCAAACCAAAGACAGAUUCAGAUUCUAAUGCAGCUUCAGCACCGGUCUUUGUACAGAGUCCUUUUACCAUUAGCGUCCCGACAAUUAGUGUGUUUCCAUUCUCGUCUUUUGGAUCCAGAACAGCAGGUCCUCGUCAGAGACUGCAGCCACAUAGGAGACGAAGAUAGCCUUAAGAACGGCCUGAGAAACGCCUGAUCAGAACUCAGUCAAGAGGCCAAAGUCAGUUUGUGGUAGUUUUUUGGAGCAUGUACAUUUUCAAAAAAAAAGUAAAGCUAUAUUAACCACAAACUCUUACUAAAUAAGACCUAAAUGUAAAUGCAGAUGCGUUUGUCUACUGUCCAAGUCUCAAUGGUAUUAACUUUAAACUUAUGUUAAUCUGUAUAUUUUACAAUUACAGAUGUGUUUGGAGUGAAAGUUGCAAUAUUGUGUGAUCAAAACUUUUAAAAAUAAUUAUACACAUUAUAUAGUGUUAUACUGGUGUAAAUUAUACUAAUGAUUUAUUCACUGAUGCUGUCUAUCUAUUCACAGAUGUUCAUUUUAGCUUUAUACUGGAUGUUUGAAAUGUAUUUGUGUGUAUUAAACAUUGUUUAAAUGGCAAGAAUUUUUAAAAAUAGGAUGUUAAAUACUUAUUUUUCAUAUCAUGAAAGGCUCUGGUAAUUUACUGUCGCCAAAAAAAAAAAAAAAAAAGAUUGAAUCGUGUGUGUUUUCCUUUAAAGUGUGACAAUUGAACCCGAGACAAUGUCAAUAAUAGUUUUUAACAUCUCUUUAUUUUGGAAGCCCAUU